GUUCCUUUGGGAACAUUUAUCUACUGCUUAGUACUUAAAACUACUUUCAACUACUUUUGCUAUAUUGAAAAGUAGUUCAAAGCAGCCUUAAGCAUUAAGCAGUAGAUAAAUAUUCCCAAAGGAACACAGCUAAAGAAACAAGAAUAAUUUUUACUUUUAGUACGCGUUAUUUGAAACAAAAUUGACAUUACUCACAUAUAACUCCAUUUUUUUUACAACAUACGCGAACGUGAACGAAAAUAAACGAAGUGUUACCUUUUAUAUGUGGACUGGGCAUCAGACAAUUUACACCAAAACGCAUUUUUAAUUAAUUAUAAUGUUUCUUUUUGCCUCUUCUUCUUUCAAGUGAAAGAAUAUUUGAUAUUUCUGUGUGCUGGACACACAUGUGUUCAUUCAACUGAACAGACCAUCGAUUGUCGUCUGAAUAUAAAGUGUAAACACGCCAUCAAUCUUACCAUUUGACAGCUGGUCUGUCAGCUAAGUAAGUCAAUGUGUAACCCCAAAUCAAAUCAUUUAGAAUUGAAUUCUCGUGCUCAUAAAAAAACUUAAUUAGUUGAAAAAAAGUUUCAAAUGGAUUACGAAACGAACAAAGAUGAAGCCAUCACCGUCGAUACAACAGUGACUAACGAAAGUGAAAGCACAGAUGGAUCACCAUUACCAAGUGUUGAAAACAGCGAGGAGAUGAUCCCAGUCACCACGGAAGAAGGAAAUAUAAUCAACUUGGAGCUGUUGUCACAUGACGCCCUCCAAAAACUUUUAAUGCAGAUUGAACCCAAUACCAUCGCCAUCGCCAACACCAACUCCAACUCCAACGUCAACGCAUCCCAAGAAGUUGAUGAACUUUCGGCGCUUCUAAAAAGCUGGAAUCAGGAGGAACUCAUUCAACAUUUCAAAGAUGAAGAAGUAGACAUAAAUGUGCUGAAGAAAAUUGAAUGUCACCACUUACCCCAACUUUUAAGGCCUUUUAAGUACACUACUCUCAUCUCGUUUGAGAAUAAUUUGAGAAUGUGGCGAGAAUCUAUAGGAAAGACGCUUUUUCUAUAUACUCGAUCGCAUUUUGGUUUAAUUGACGAUGGUCCAAGUCCAUCCGCAAGAUCUUCUCCCUACCCAGUUUCCAGACCAUCAUCGCCACCUUCAUCACCGAGUUCUUAUACUUGCGCUGUAACACUAUCAACUAUUUUAAAUAACAACGGGAAUGCACUUUCACUUGCCGAAAGCUAUGGCGAAACCAACAAAUUUAAUGAAAAACAGCGAAAUCAGUUGAUAAGUGUUAUAGCGCAGUAUUUUAUUAUGAAUAAAAUACAUCUUGAACUCGGUGGUAGCUAUAAACUCGAAAAAGAAAUCGUUGAACGAUUUCCCAGUGAAAAACUGGAGUACUACAGGUCUGGAAAGAGGGGGAAGAUCUACAAUAAAUAUUGCAAUUUAAAGUUCUCCUUAAAGGCAAUGAAUACAUCAACGUCAAGUAAACCAAAACGUGAAGGAGACGUAGAAAUGGCCAACGAAAUAGAAAUGGUUCCAGAAGAAAAUGCUGAUAAGUGCUAUCAAGCACUAAAAUUUGACAACCUCAGUUCCGAGGAGUUCGAUAAAUGCUGGAAGGCGUGUUCAAAAUCCACCCUCACGGAUAUAAAGAACUCCACAGCAACAUCGGAUAUUUUAAAGAAAUGGCCCCAGUAUAAACUUCCUACUGGAUUCCGAUUCUUGGACAUGGACUUCGAGUAUAUGUUCAAAAAACACAACUCUCUCCUUGAACGAUGGGAAAACCUAUACUGCAAGAUCCGAGAUUUCCUAACAACGGAAGAUCGAGUUAAAGAAAAAUCGAUCAAGGACGUUCUGGAUAAAAUGGAGUGUAAUAACACUCCAGAAAACUGUCGGGAUGCUGCUCUCUUGUGGGCACUUCAUGGGUACCUAGUACCCACAUUAAAGUCUGUGCGAAAGGACCGAAAAGGAAUGAAGACAACAUUGAAGACAACAUUGAAACCAACCAUCAAGGACUCCCAGGAGUCGUUUGUUUUUGUGGCAGCAUCUAUACAGAACGUUGAGGACCACAUCCAGCACCUUCAACAAAAAGGAGAUAACGUCCAGCCGUUUAUAAUUGUGGUUGGUAAGGAUGUUAUUAACUUUAAAGAAAUAUUUUUAUAUUUCGACGGGGUAAAGUUUCCUUUUAUUAGUUUCAUCCGGGCGGUCGAUAUUUGUUUUAAAACAUUCUUCCUUUUUAACUUAGAAUUUAAUAAUCCAAGUUCCAACUUUUGGAACUUUAUUCAGUCAUUGUAUUUUGAUGAUAAUAAAAAAUGUUGUACAAAAGCACACAUCCUUCUAAACGUAAUUAAUGAAUAA